AUGUUGAUCAUCGUGCGGCCCAUCCUCACCUGGCUGUCCAAGACUGUCAAUUCGCACAACACGAUGAAGCACGAGUUCGUGAUCCUCAUUCUUGCUCUACUCUUCAUCUCGGCUUGGGUUACCGACAUGAUAGGGGUGCACUCCAUGUUCGGCGGAUUCCUAUUGGGCGUCAUCACUCCGCGCGACCACCUCGUGGCCCUGCGAAUCACCGAAAGAGUUGAGGAGUUGAUAAUGAUAAUCUUGCUGCCGCUCUACUUCACGUAUCUGGGCCUGAAGACCGACCUGAGCACCAUCAACUCACACCAGGCUGGCGUGUCGGUCGUGCUUAUUAUUCUCGCCUCCAUGAUAGGCAAGAUCGGGGGCGCCGCAGCAGCCGCACGCCUCCUGCGUAACUCGUGGAGGGAAUCGUUGACGAUUGGCUUCUUGCUAAACACGAAGGGCCUGGUGGAGCUGGUCGUGCUCAACGUGGGCCUCGACAUCGGCGUCCUCACCAACCAGGUGUUCGCCAUCUUCAUGAUCAUGGCUCUCUGGAACACGUUCCUCACAACACCGGCCGUGUGGCUGCUCUGGACACGACGAGAGAAACAACACAACCCCAAGCGGGUCAAACGGAGGCGAGGACAGGUGUGUCGAUGGUGA